AUGUCCAAACUCGCACGUACUCUUCCUGCUUCUUGGUAUUGCAAUGAGUCGCUCUAUCAAAUGGAGCGGCGCGCUGUGUUUCAAAAGUCUUGGUACUUGCUUGGCCCUGUGACCAAGUUCCAGAAGGUCGGCGAGCAUGUCGACUACGAGAUUGCACAGCAGCCUAUCUAUGCCAUCCGCACGGGGGGUGACUCCUUGAACCCCACUGCCGCGGAGCUCAAGGUCUUCUGUGCAAAGACGGGCAGAGAGUUUCGAAGCUAUGUGACGCCGACGGGGCUGCUGUUUACAACCAUUUCAGAUGAAGCUCCUACUUUCCACGAGUUCUUCCCCGAGCUGGAGCAGCUGGUCAAUAAAGUCGACUUUACCAGACUGCCCCAUCGCCGCAGCAUUCGCUACGAGGGCCGAUUCAACUGGAAGACAAUGGUUGAUGGGUAUCAGGAGUGUCUACACUGCCAGUAUACCCAUCCCUCAUUCUCCAUCUACUAUCCUCCAACCUUCUACGCUGUGCAUAAUAUGCAUAACUUCUCCCAGCAUAUUGCGGACCCCAAAAAGCCUGAUGACGGGCUCUUCCUUUACUUUUUCCCAGUUUGUACUCUUAAUGUCUACGGCGGUGGCAUGACUUCUUUCAGAGUCUGCCCUACGGCAGAUCCCCAUGUUACCCGCAUGGAAUUUGACUACUACCACAAGGAGUCGGGCGAGAAGUUCGAAGAAUACUUUAAAUUCGUUCGCCAGGUAGCCCUGGAGGACUUCGAACUAUGUGAAAAAGCCCAGGAAAACCUAGCGAAGGGUGUCUAUCACGAAGGAAUUCUCAACCCGCGACAGGAAAAUGGAGUCUCUUAUUAUCAGCAGCGUGUUUUUGAAAUGGUGCUCGAGCAACAUGAACUCGACCGUAAAGCCAAAAGCGCGGAAUCCCUGGAAGAACGACAUGCACCCACCAUGGUUGAGAUGUCGGCGUAG